UCGACGAGUCGUGGUGCCGGUGUCUCAAAACGCGCGCGGCCUUGCACCUAACGAUACCUAUUCGUUAUUAGAAAUAUUACGCAAUACCAAGUGACAAAGAUAUAUAUAUCUUAAGUUGAUUUUACUGAAUUUUUGUUUCAAUAAGAGUAAAAUUUACUCCUAUUAAGGACAGUGUAAUUUUUAUAAUGAGUGAGAUACGACAAAGAAAGUUAAAAGAUGAUACCUCAAACUCACAUAUCAAUGUAAGAAGAAGCCUGAAGCAGCCUCGGAGAUUCAAAAAGGUCUUCAUUUUUUUGAUAGCUUUAGGACUAUGCGGCACAUAUUUAUUGGGUCUUUUCGCGGGCCAGACACAGUGGUUCGAUGGCAUCGCGAAGAGUCUCGGUUACGAGAGCAUUACCCAUCACGCUGUCAUCAUUGACGCUGGAUCCUCAGGGUCCAGGGUCCUAGCUUAUAAGUUCAGGGUGCCAUUCACAGUAUUCGGUCAAACCAGCCUAGAUCUAGUAGAUGAAUAUUUCGAAGAAAGCAAGCCGGGACUUUCUUCUUAUGUCGAUGACCCUAAAAAGGGUGCCGAUACAAUAGUCCAAUUAAUAAAAAAGGCGGAAUUUCUCACCCCGGUGGAGAAACGUCGCUUUACGCCCGUUAUCGUUCGGGCUACGGCCGGGUUGAGGCUCCUACCCGCUGAUAAAGCCAAGCAGCUUGUACAAGAAGUCGCUGAUGCAAUAGCCAAACUUGGCUACGAUGUGGGACCGAACAGUGUUGAAAUUAUGGACGGAUCUGAUGAAGGAAUCUUCAUUUGGUACACCGUUAACUUAUUGCACAAUCUGAUAGGAGGAGAAACAAUGGCUGCUUUGGACCUCGGUGGAGGUUCGACUCAGAUAACCUUCCAACUGAGCGAUGAAGAUACAAAAAUGUAUCCAACUGCUGAUCAGUUUGUGGUACCUGCUGGUGAUAACAUCACUUUGUAUACUCACAGUUACUUGAACUUGGGUCUUCUAGCGGCUAGACACGGGGUAUUUAAACAGGAGGUAGGCGAUAAUGACACGAAUGAGUUUGUCUCAGUGUGCGUUGACCCUAUCGUCCAAAAGGAGAAAUGGACGUACGCUAACAAACAGUAUAUUAUUAGUGGCGCCCCCCGGCCCGAAGGCAUGAAGCGUGAAGCCGUGUACAAGCGAUGUCACGCGGCUGUCACGCGAUACGUGGAGCGGACACUGGAUUGGGUCCCGCGUCGUGCUCCAAGUGGAAGCGUUGCAGCCAUGAGCUAUUUCUAUGAUGUGGCCGCUGAUGCUGGACUCAUAGACGUUAUGACGGGCGGGCAAGUGUCAGUGAGUGCGUACCGUUCGGCGGCGGGAAGGGCGUGUUCCGCGUCCAACGUGGAACAGCCAUGGGCCUGUAUCGAUCUGGUGUAUAUGGUCGCCUUAUUGCACGAUGCCUAUAAGAUACGCGAUGAAGAACCCAUUUCGCUGUUUAAGAAAGUGAAUGGUCACGAAGUUUCGUGGGCAUUGGGGCUCGCGUACACGACGGUUAUGAACAAAAUAACAACGGCCCCGGCCGCUUAGUAAAUACUUAAUUUAUAUUAAAUGUACCAAGUUUUAACUUGACAAAAUAAUUAUUUGACAAAAUAAUUAUUAAUAUGACUUGACCAUAGUACGAUGUCUUGCUCCAAAAAUUAGUCUAAAAAUCUUAAGGCUUAACAGUCAUCAUAAACUAUAGAAUAACAGACUACACUUUAAUAUGACAAUUCUGACACUGAUCUGUCACUGUCAUAAUUGUCAUAUUACUUGACAGAUUUAGACAAGGGUGCUGAAUCGCCUUAAUUGAUUAUGAUUAUUAUUUGAAUGCAUAAAUGUAAAUACUUUUGUUUUAUUGGGUUAUGAAAAUUUUCUUAUGUCAAAUGGUUACCAUGGCAACCAGUUUACGUUUUAAACGUAUUUUUGUGAACUUGGUACAUUUAGGUAAGAUUUCCACAAUUUUGUAUAAUAUUUUGCACCCUACUUUAAGUAAUGCAAGCGGCCUUUUGGUUUUAAUACAUGAAUUUUUAUAUGCAAUAUACAAUUUUUUUUGAAAUGGUUGUGUGAAUUUUUGACAAUUAUACACCCGCAAUAGAUUAUUGAACGUUUUGAGUUGAGUUCAAAGGGGCGUAUAAUGUUAUAUGCUUCGAGACAGCGCUAAGUUCGACUCCCAUAUGUCAAAAACGAUAUUAUGGGAGUCGUACCUAGCUUUGUUUGAAUUUUACCUUUCCUAGUAUUUGAAUUCGAAUUUUAAGCUUUGACUUCAAGGAAAAAUAUAUACAGUAUUUUACGUUUACACCGAAUAUUGUUUUUAAUAAUAUAAUAUUCGUAUCAAUGACGAAUUGAAUUAAGAUAAAUUUUAUGGAAUGCUUUCAGAGACUCUGGUAAGACAAAUCCCGGUUUCAUCAAAAUAAUAAAAUUGUUAGGGGUGCGUUUCCUAGAAUUUUGACGGCUAAACAGCGUAAAGUAAUAAAUUGUAGCUAUUACGACACGUAUUUGUUAGAGUCCAGUGCUUGAUGAGUCUUGCAGGGCAGAAGUAAAAUUUGUUUUAUGAUAAAUAAAAUAAAUAUUUAGCAAUUAAUUUUACAGAAUAAAAGACAUUUUUACUCAGUUAUUAUAUUGACAUUUAUAACAAGCAACAAUGGUUUGUGAAUUUUUCGUUUGAUGUACCUACCUAUAUUGAAAAAUAAUAAAAUAACGUUAAAUGUAUCACUGAUACUGCGAUCUGGAAUGAUUAUUAAAUAGUCGCUGUUAACUACGAGUUGUCAACACUAGCUCUGCUCUUGCAGUAUACUCAGAUUUUUUAUUUCGUAGAAUUCUAACAUUUCAUAAGUGUUGCUACUAAAGUUCUCCACCUAAAAAGGGGCAAAUUUGACGCAAUAAAAUAAAAUGCUUCGUAUUUUUAUGUUUUACCUACAAAAAGGUAAAUCUUAAUAUUUAAUUACUCAAGUGACCUAAUACAAUAAUAACAAAUAAUUAAAAAAAUAAAAUGUUAUCUUUACUUGUUCGUUUUAUACUGUUUGUGAUGAAUAGGGACUUAAUUAUGACUCGCCGUUAAACCAUUUUUAAUGUAGCACCUCACUUAAUAAAAUGGAUACAUUAACUAACAAAGAAAAUUUAUGUAUAGACUCAGAUAUUCAGACUCUUAUUGACAUAGAAAAAAUGUGCCCGGCGCAAAAGGUUACCUUCUCUGAAAUGUCAAUAUAUGAUAGCUGUCAGAAUUCUACAGAAUCAAAAAUUAGAGUAUAGCAGCUGCAAAGUACUAGGUGUUAGAACGCAAUAAACAAUCAUUUAAUUUCUUUCAUUUGUGUAAUCAGAGAGUACUUGCCAAUGGAUAGGGAGGUUUGAACAUAAAUGAAUAUAGUUUUAAAUUGAAAAGUUUUUGCUGAACCGUUUUGAUAUGCCCUUUAACAUAUAUGAAUUGGAAUAAUUAUAUUUGUAAAAUAAUUUUUAUGUGAUUUUAAAUUUUUUGACACAUUGUCAAGCUUUGUGCACUUCGCGAUUUUGUAACGGGUAUGUUAAAUACAAAAUGUACAAAAAUUUAAUAAAUGUUGGAUUUUAAAUAUUAA